AUGGAGCUUCGAAUAUCUGAAUCUUCGCUGGAAAUCACUGAAUCUUCGAAAUCGGUUCGAUCUGGAUUCGAUCUGGAGCUUCGAAACUGCAGUGGUGUGUUCGUGAAUAGCAAAGUCUGCAACGACCCAAAGCUUGCCAUAGUCGAUGACUUCUUCAUUUCUGGCCUCUUGGCUCCUCAAAACACAUCAAACCCAGUUGGGUCGAAGGUCGCUCCCGUAAAUGUUAUGCACAUAUUAGGUCCCAAUACUCUCGGCAUUUCCUUAGCUCGCAUUGCCUUUGCACCUUAUGGCAUCAACCCACCCCACACACACCCAUGUGCAAGUGAGGUCAUCAUGGUCUUGGACGGUACUCUCUACGUGGGUUUCGUGACCUCCAACACUGACAAUCGUCUCUUCACAAAGGUCUUGUACCCAAGGGAUGUUUUUGUGUUCCCCCAAGGUCUUAUUCACUUUCAAUUUAAUAAUGGAAAGACUAAUGCAGUAGCGCUUACUGCCCUAAAUAGCCAAAAUCCGAGAACUAUUACUGUUGCUAAUGCGAUGUUCAGGUCAAAUCCGAGGAUUUCUGAUGAUGUUCUUGUCGAGGCAUUCCAAGUGGACAAGAAGGUGAUAGACUAUCUUCAAGCUCAAUUUUGGUGGCCCAACAACUAA